GCGUCAUGGCCGCGAACGCGCCGACUCCUCGGGCACGGCUCGCGCGGCUCCCGUCGUGCCCUGCGGUCCGCCGCGUCCCCUCUGACCCGGGGGCGCCGCACCCCCAUCCGGGCUCUCGGCGCCACACGGGGAAGAUGGCGGGCGCGAUCCCCGCCGAGUGGAUAAAGAACUGGGAGAAAGGGGGCAAGAACGAGUUUUUGCAACUGUGUCGCACUCUCAGUGAAAACAAAAGCCAUGAUAAUGUCGGUUUCAGAGAUAUCCAACAGGUUUUGUAUGAGCUUGCAUGUCAUGUUGUCAGAGGAAACCUGAAGCAUGAUCAAGCCUCUAAUGUUCUUGGUGAUGUUAUAGAAUUUCGGGAAGACAUGCCUUCUAUCUUAGCUGAUGUAUUCUGCAUAUUAGAUAUUGAAACAAGUUGUUUAGAAGAAAAAAGUAAGAGGGAUAAUUUUACUCAACUGGUAUUAGCCUGUUUGUAUCUUGUAUCUGACACUGUCCUAAAGGAGCGUUUAGAUCCAGAAACACUGGAAUCACUAGGACUUAUCAAGCAGUCUCAACAGUUCAAUCAGAAAUCUGUUAAAAUAAAGACAAAGCUAUUUUAUAAACAACAGAAAUUUAAUUUGUUAAGAGAGGAGAAUGAAGGUUACGCCAAGCUGAUUGCAGAGCUGGGGCAGGACUUAUCUGGAAAUAUCACUAGUGAUUUAAUCCUUGAAAAUAUCAAAUCUUUAAUAGGAUGUUUUAACCUUGAUCCUAACAGAGUUUUGGAUAUUAUCCUAGAAGUCUAUGAGUGCAGGCCUGAGUAUGAUGAUUUCUUUGUACCACUGAUAGAGUCAUACAUGUACAUGUGUGAACCACAAACUUUAUGCCAUAUCCUUGGGUUCAAAUUCAAAUUUUAUCAGGAUCCAAGUGGUGAGACGCCUCCUUCCUUAUACAGAGUUGCUGCUGUCCUGUUGCAACAUAAUCUGAUAGAUUUGGAAGAUCUUUAUGUCCAUCUUCUUCCAGGGGAUAAUGCCAUCAUUGAAGAACACAAGCGAGAGAUAGUGGAAGCUAAGCAAAUUGUCAGAAAACUUACAAUGGUUGUCUUAUCCUCUGAAAAGACUGAGGAAAAGGAGAAGGAAAAAGAAAAAGAGGAGGAGAAAACUGAAAAGCCUCCUGAUAAUCAGAAGCUUGGUUUAUUGGAAGCUUUAUUAAAAAUUGGUGAUUGGCAGCAUGCACAAAGUAUUAUGGAUCAGAUGCCUCCAUUUUAUGCUACUUCACAUAAGCCUAUUGCAAUUGCCCUUUGCCAGCUUGUGCAUGUGACAAUUGAACCUUUGUACCGCAGGGUUGGUGUACCAAAAGGGGCAAAAGGGUCACCAAUUUCUUCUUUGCCAAACAAGAGAGCACCAAAACAAGCAGACAGCUUCGAAGACUUGAGAAAGGAAGUGUUCAACAUGUUGUGCUACCUUGGUCCUCAUCUGUCCCACGAUCCCAUUUUAUUCGCUAAAGUGGUGCGCCUUGGAAAAGCAUUUAUGAAAGAGUUUCAGUCUGAUGGAAGUAAGCAAGAAGAUAAAGAGAAAAUGGAGAUACUGUUUAGCUGUUUGCUGAGUAUUACUGAUCAAGUUUUGCUUCCAUCUCUUUCUUUGAUGGACUGCAAUGCAUGCAUGUCUGAGGAGUUAUGGGGAAUGUUCAAAACUUUUCCAUAUCAGUACCGGUACCGUCUUUAUGGACAAUGGAAAAACGAAACCUACAAUAGUCAUCCACUUCUAGUGAAAGUUAAAGCUCAAACCAUAGACCGAGCCAAAUAUAUUAUGAAGCGUCUAACUAAGGAAAAUGUGAAACCCUCUGGAAGACAAAUUGGAAAGCUCAGCCACAGCAAUCCUACGAUUUUAUUUGAUUAUAUUUUAUCACAAAUACAAAAAUACGAUAACUUAAUAACCCCAGUUGUUGAUUCACUGAAAUACCUCACUUCACUGAAUUACGAUGUCUUGGCAUACUGUAUCAUUGAAGCACUGGCAAAUCCCGAGAAGGAGAGAAUGAAGCAUGAUGACACUACUAUUUCAAGCUGGCUUCAGAGUCUGGCUAGCUUUUGUGGUGCCGUUUUCAGAAAAUACCCAAUUGAACUUGCUGGCCUACUUCAAUACGUAGCCAACCAACUGAAAGCUGGGAAAAGCUUUGAUUUGCUUAUUUUAAAAGAGGUAGUACAAAAAAUGGCAGGGAUAGAAAUUACAGAAGAAAUGACGAUGGAGCAAUUGGAAGCCAUGACUGGUGGAGAACAACUAAAAGCUGAGGGUGGAUACUUUGGCCAAAUCAGGAAUACAAAAAAAUCCUCUCAGAGAUUGAAAGAUGCAUUAUUGGACCAUGACCUUGCCCUUCCACUGUGCCUGCUUAUGGCUCAGCAGAGAAAUGGUGUGAUCUUUCAAGAGGGAGGGGAAAAACAUCUGAAGCUGGUGGGAAAACUGUAUGACCAGUGCCAUGACACCCUGGUACAAUUUGGUGGGUUUCUAGCAUCCAAUCUAAGCACAGAGGAUUACAUUAAGCGAGUGCCUUCAAUUGAUGUUCUCUGUAAUGAAUUUCACACACCUCAUGAUGCUGCGUUUUUCCUCUCGAGACCUAUGUAUGCUCACCAUAUUUCAUCCAAGUAUGAUGAACUAAAAAAAGCUGAAAAGGGAAAUAAACAGCAGCACAAGGUUCACAAAUACAUUACAUCGUGUGAGCUGGUAAUGGCACCUGUUCAUGAUGCUGUGAUCUCUCUGCACCUUCCCAAGGUCUGGGAUGAUAUCAGUCCUCAGUUCUAUGCUACAUUCUGGUCUUUGACAAUGUAUGACCUUGCUGUCCCACAUAGUAGCUAUGACAGAGAAGUCAGUAAACUUAAAGUCCAGAUGAAAGCCAUAGAUGACAAUCAGGAAAUGCCUCCAAAUAAAAAGAAAAAGGAAAAAGAACGUUGCACAGCUCUUCAAGACAAGCUCCUCGAAGAGGAGAAGAAGCAGUUGGAGCAUGUGCAAAGGGUUCUACAGAGACUGAAACUGGAGAAGGAUAACUGGCUUCUGGCAAAGUCUACCAAAAAUGAGACUAUCACAAAAUUUUUGCAGUUAUGUAUAUUUCCUCGCUGCAUUUUUUCGGCAAUCGAUGCAGUUUAUUGUGCUCACUUUGUAGAACUGGUGCAUCAGCAGAAAACACCCAACUUCUCCACUCUUCUCUGCUAUGACAGAGUUUUCUCUGAUAUUAUAUAUACAGUAGCAAGUUGCACUGAAAAUGAAGCUAGUAGAUACGGCAGGUUUUUAUGCUGUAUGCUGGAGACUGUGACUAGAUGGCACAGCGACAGAGUCAUAUAUGAAAAGGAAUGUGGCAACUAUCCAGGCUUCCUAACUAUAUUACGGGCAACUGGAUUUGAUGGUGGAAAUAAAGCUGAUCAAUUGGAUUAUGAGAAUUUUAGACAUGUGGUACACAAAUGGCACUAUAAAUUAACUAAGGCUUCUGUACACUGCCUUGAAACAGGUGAAUAUACACAUAUCAGAAACAUCCUGAUUGUGCUGACCAAAAUCCUCCCAUGGUAUCCAAAAGUGUUGAACCUGGGCCAAGCCUUGGAAAGAAGAGUACAUAAGAUAUGUCAGGAAGAGAAAGAGAAGAGACCCGAUCUAUAUGCGUUGGCUAUGGGCUAUUCUGGGCAGUUGAAAAGUAGGAAGCCUUUCAUGAUACCUGAAAAUGAAUUCCACCACAAAGACCCACCUGCCAGGAAUGCUGUAGCUGCAACAGUACAAAAUGGGCCAGGUGGUGCUGGGAUGCCUACAUCUCUCACAAUAAACACAGCUAAACUGGAGGAAAGCACUGCUGAAGAGACUGAAAAACUAAAGGAGAAGUCUCAGGGUGCUGUGAAAGUUAUUAAUAAAGCUGUCAACACUACACCGAAGAUGACAACAAGCAAUGGAAACAGUGCUUCUAAUAGCAAAAUUAUUAAGGAGAAAGAUGAUAAAGAAAAAAGUGGGAAGGAAAAAGAUAAAGAAAAAAAAGAAAAAAUUCCAGCUGCCACUCCAGAGACGAAGGCACUUGGGAAGGAUGGGAAAGACAAACCUAAGGAAGAACGGGUGAACAAAGAUGAUAAAGCAAGAGAGAUCAAGGAGAAAACACCAAAAUCUGACAAGGAGAAGGAAAAAGCCAAGAAAGAAGAAAAAGCUUCAAAGGAAGAAAAAUCCAAGACAGUUGUUACCACCGUCGAGUCAAAGUCAGCUGCAGAAAAGGAGAGAGAAAAGGAGCCAUCUAGAGAAAAAGAUGUAGCGAAGGAUAUGAAAUCCAAGGAAAUUACUAAAGGAGGAGAAAAGAUUCCAGUAGCUGGGUCCUUGAAGUCUCCUGUUCCCCGAUCAGAAACAUCAGAAUCUGAGAGGGAACAAAAACGCCGAAAAGUUGAUACCCAUUCUUCUCCAUCACAUUCCUCAACAGUAAAGGACAACCUCAACGAACUCAAGGACUCUUCAGCAAAGCACUACAUUAACCACACUACUCCAACACUGUCCAAGAGUAAAGAGAGAGAAGUGGACAAGAAAGAUUUGGACAAAUCAAGGGAAAGAUCCAGAGAGAGAGAGAAGAAAGAGGAAAAGGACAGGAAAGACCGAAAAAGGGAUCAUUCAAACAGUGACCGAGAGGUACCACAGGAUUCAACUAAACGACGCAAAGAGGAAAACGGGACAACUGGUUCUUCAAAACAUAGCAAAAGUGAAAGUCCUUCUGAUUCUCCUCGCUCAAAUGAAAAAGAGAAGGAGAAGAGCAAAUCAAAAUCUUCAGGAAAGGAAAAAGGUGAUUCAAUCAAAGCAGAAAAGAUGGAGAAGAGCUCCUCUGGUAGCAAAAAGGAAUCAAGACAUGAUAAAGAAAAAACAGAAAAGAAAGAAAAACGAGAUAGUGCUGGAGGGAAAGAAGAAAAGAAACAUCAUAAAUCUUCAGACAAGCACAGAUAAUGAAGAAUGCUCUAGUCAAGGUGAGAUUAAAAUGGGAAGAUAUCCAGCUGUGACCAGAAAUGUAUUUUCCAGAGUAUAGAUUGCACAGAAAUUUGUGAAUGAAGAGGACCCAUCUGCAUCUCCUUAAAUUAUUCAGUUCUCUGCUUUAUUUCCCCAUGCUGAAGAUUUAAUUGUUGGGUUGUACAUUACUGUAUUUUAACUUGUUGCUUAGUUUCUUACACAUUUAUUUUCAGUACCUGGCUGAAAGUGUUACCUAUUCCAUAUUUUAGCACAAUGUGCUGCAAACAGUUGCCAUAGUGCAAAUGAGGUUUCAUGUGUACAGAGUUCCACUUUAGGUUGUCUAAAAUACUGCCUGAGUUUAGUAAUUCUUUCGAUCUGAAAUGCAUUCUUUUAGAUGUUUGAAAACCACAAAUAAACAGUUAUUGAACCUUUUUGAAUUUACCUCGUUUAAAUUCAGUUUUUAUUUAUUACUUGGCCUGUUUUUAAUAUCAGUGACUAAAACAAAUGAACCAAGUGGGAGCACUGUUUUCAUGCAAUGCUUAGGGAUUAUUUGUAUAUUGUGUACAACGUUGACUUCUUUAAAAGAAACAAAGAAUGAACCCUAUCCCCUCCAUCUCAACCUGAACCUGUGCUCAAUUGUCCCUUGCCACGCCUUUUGUUUGUCAUGCUGUUUUUAGAUUAAUUGGAAGUGCUCUCUUCAAAACUGAAAUAAAUUAAAUUUCAAUUACAGCUACAGGAGCUUUUUAUCGCUGAACUUUAGUCUGAAAAGUUUCACAAUGACAUUUUUAAAAAAAGAAAAAACAAAAAAUUUUUUUAUCUGCUGAAUUCUACCAGUGUAACCUUUUUUCUAAAUAAACAAUAGUUUUCUCAAUGGGUCGUAAAUCAUUGUGUGUGUGGUCGCUUUAUUGCUUUAUGUACUCUUAUGAAAAUUUGAUAUUGGAGUUGGAAUUGUGGGAGGGUAUUUUCUGCCUUAGCUUGCAAGUCUUCUGUACUUGCUGGCUGAUCAUAUUGAAAGAGUUAAUCAUAUAGUAUGUCAACAAGCCAAACAUAUCUGCCUACUGUAAAAUGACAAAUGUGUUAUACUUCUGCAAUGCUUUCAGGAAGCUCAAGAUUUGCUUUUGUGCCUUCAGUCAAGUUUGUAUCUUUCUCUUGAGAUGUUUGUCUGUGAUCCAAAGCUCAUUAAAAUCUUUGGUGCUCUUG